CUCAUUACUCUCUUUCGCCCUGUGGCUUCAGCAGCAGAGCAGCCUUUUGCAAAUCAGGCCGGCCUAUCUGGCUGGUCAUUCCUACCAGUACAGUAAGUCCAUUGUAUCAAGGGGUCAUGCCAUUUUUUUUUUUUUUCUGAGAAAGAACUGUUCCUCUACAGAAGCUUCUUGGACAUCCUCUUAACCCAAUUCCAUCAUGUUCUAUUGACCCCAUGUCCCCCACCCCAGAUCUUAGUGGACAUUCCUAGACUUUCUUGUUGAUUACCCUUUCAUGCCCAUCAUCAAUGCCAUGAGUGUGGUAUUUGUUGAAGGUCUAGUUUUUCUGGCCUUAGAGAUGUUAAGAUGUUUUGCCCAUUACUCUACAGCCCUUAAUUGGUAAAAGCUGUAUCUUGUUCCAAACUCUCCAAGGCAUAUAUAUCUUCUAAGUGUAAUUUUCUUUUCUUUCUUCUUUAUCUCUCUCCCUUCCUCCUUCCUUUCCCCUCCCUCCUUUCCUUCCCUUCCCUUCCCUCCCUCCCUCCCUUCCUUCUCUCUUUCUUUUUCUUUUUCUCUCUCCCUUCCUCCUUCCCUCCCUCUCGCUCCCUCCCUGCCUCCCUUCCCCUCCCGUCCUUCCUUCCUUCCUUCCUCCUUUCCUUUCCUUUCCUUUCCGUUCCCUCCCUUCCUUCCUUCUUUCUUUAUUUUCUCUCCUUCCUCCGUUUCCUUCCUUCCUCACUUCCUUCUUUCCUUCUUUCUUUUUUAGACAGAGUCUUGCUUUGUCAUCCAGGCUAGAGUUCAGUGGUAUGAUCUCAGCUCACUGUAGCCUUGACCUCCUGGGCUCUCAUGUAGUCAUUCAGCCUCAGCCUCCCAAGUAGUUGGGACUACAGGCAUGUGCCGCCACACCUGGCUAAUUUUUUUAUUUUUAUUUUUUUGUAGAAAUGGGGGUCUCACUAUGUUGUCCAGGCUGGUUUCGAACUCCUGGGCUGAAGUGGUCUUUCCUCCACAGCCUCCCCAAGUGCUAGGUUUAUAGGCAUGAGCCACCAUGCCCAGCUUUAAAUUUAAUUUUCUAUGUUUUGUUUUCCUAGAGGGAUAGCCAGCUAUUUUAGUACUUUAAAUUUUAAAAACUCUAUUUCCUAUUCCCAGUCCAGCAUAUGCCUUCUUCUUUACAGGAGGAUGACAUGGUGAGGAAUACUCACUAACUUGACCUUCUUGGUGUUAGUGUUCACCUCUUGUUCUUAUACCACUGUACAUAUGGCAGCAUCUUUUGAAGGUGGCUGCACCUAUCAACCCAUCAUUUAGGGAUUUGUCCUAAUGCUGUCCCUCCCCUUGCCCCCCACCCCCCCGACAGGCCCUGGUGUGUGAUGUUCCCCUCCUUGUGUCCAUGUGUUCUCACUGUUCAACUCCCACUUAUGAGUGGGAACAUGUGGGUCCUGUUCUGUUCCUGUGUUAGUUUGCUGAGGAUGAUGGUUUCCAGCGUCAUCCAUGUCCCUGCAAAGGACAUGAACUCAUUCCUUUUUGUGGCUGUAUAGUAUUCCAUGGUGUAUAUGUGUUAUAUUUUCUUUAUCCAGUCUAUCACUGGUGGGCAUUUGGUUUGGUUCCAAGUCUUUGCUAUUGUAAAUAGUGCUGCAAUAAACAUACGUGUGCACAUGUCUUUAUAGCAGCAUGAUUUAUAAUCCUUUGGGUAUAUACCCAGUAAUGGGAUUGCUGGGUCAAAUGGUAUUUCUGGUUCUAGAUCCUUAAGGAAUCGCCACACUGUCUUCCACAAUGGUUGAACUAAUUUACACUCCUACCAACAGUGUAAAAGUGUUCCUCUUUCUCCGCAUCCUCGCCAGCAUCUGUUGUUUCCAGACUUUUUAAUGAUUGACGUUCUAAAUGGCAUGAGAUGCCCUUUAAUUGUGAGGCCAAAGCAUUCACCAUUCAGUUCCCCCAGCUGGGGCUUUGUUCUAUUUAUAGCUCUUAGGCUGUGACAGGCCGUGCUGGUAAUUUGCUGAGAACAGGUACAGUAGGUCAGAUAUAUUUUACAAAGGGUUUCUGAUCCACAGUUCAGCUUUUUUGAAGUACCAGUGUCUUAUCUGAGUAAAAGUCACUUUCCUAGGCCAGCAAAAGCAAGACAACAAACACGGGAUACGAGUCAUUUAAGAUGUGUGAAAUCAGAGUGAGGCAGUGUGGAUGAGAGGAUGGGGAACUUGUUCAGCAAAACUUUGUCUGGAUCUAUUUUUCUGAGUUGUGUGGAUGGGCAGAUGUUUGGGAACAGAAUUAUUUUAUUCAUGUGAACCCCAGUUUGCAUCCCCCUUAAGGUGGUGAUCUGUAGGGUGGGGGAAUCAAUCCACAAGUAUUCCUUCCAAAUCCAAGUGCUCUGUUAGAGCAGAUAACCACCCUGAUGGAGAAGGAUGGUUAUUUUUAGGCAACACGUAAAUAUGUAGCAUGUAUAGACAGCUAUAUACAUUACAUUUUAUAUUCUUUAUCUGCUGCAUGGUGAUAAUAGCUUAAGCAAAACUAGGAGUCCUUGUGUUCAGUGAUAGAUGGGGAAUUAAUAUUUCGUUAUACCUGGGAAAGCCAGUGAUUCAGCUCUCCCUGUCCAAUUGUACUUAGAUUAAAUACAGUUCUUCUGCAGUUGCUUCUAAGCCUGGAAAAAGAGUGAUGACACACAGUUAAGUGGAAACUCCCUCCUAAUUUAUUAGAGCUUUUCUCCUUUUUUCUCCCUCUGCCUCCUGCUUCCCCUCUCUCCUCCUUCCCACUAGAACUCUUCUCUUUCCCUCUUCUUCCCUUGCCCUUUUCCUCCUAACUUUCCCUUCCUCCCUCCAUUCUCCACCUGAACCCCAGGGCAACUAAAGAGGGCACAUGCAGAUGUUCUUAUCCUAUCAUUCUAUCACGGACUUCAGACAGACUGUGGACCCCUAAAACUGUAUACAAAAAUGUGGGCUAUCUACAUUUGUUAAUUUUUUGAGAGUUAUUAUAUCAUUUCUUAGAUUCUCAAAAGAGUUUGUGACCAAAAAAAAUUAAAAAUAACUGUUCUAAGAUUCCACAGGAAUCAUCUAUCUCAGGGGGACUUUGUAGACUUCUGAAACACUAGAGCUAAGGAACUUCACAUGGCCCAGCAACCACAGGAGCCAACCCUAGAAAUGUAGGUGCAGCCUUCAAAACCAUCAGAAAGACAUCCUACAUCCAGCUCAGCCAUUUCUCCCUGUGAUUAAGGCUGUGAACCAGAUGCUAAGCAGGGUUUUCCGUUCUACAAAACAGGCAACAACAACAAGAAAACACCAAAAAAAAAAAAAAAAAAAAAGGAAGAAGGAAAAAGAAAAAAAACAUGUAAUGAGGUUAAGAGAGAAAAGCAGAAGCAUCCCAGCAAAAUAUUUGUGAUACUUUUAUGCUUUGAGAAACAAAAGCUUGUAUUUGAAUGACCAAGUCUUGUACCUCACCACAUGGAGGUUGUCUUUAUGAGUUACUAUAUUUCAGUCAUGUUCCUUUGUGUAAUUCAGUUGGGAUGCUAGGUAUGCAUUUGCAUUGUCCUUUAAUUUUGGUGUGCUUCCUAAAGAAGAAACUGUGUAGUGCUGGGUGAAGGCUGUUCAGAGAGAACCAGACAUGGCCCCUAUCUUCUAAGAUGAUACAAGAACAGAGCUAAAGAUUAUGUAGACUAUCAACAGACCUUAGCAUAAAAUAGGCUAAUACAGAAGUGGUCUAAUACUACCUUUGCAUCACAAAUGUAGUCAAGGGUGGAACAAAGGACUGUAACUAUGGCUGUCCCAGGUCUACAGAGGGUGGUCCAGGAACAUGGAUAAGAAUCAUCUUCCUCCUGAUGAAUUUAGUAGGGCUCUCAGUGGCAAGGGAUGGCUAGGUAGGCUGGUUCGCUACGGAUACCUUAAAUUUAUGGAGCUGUGUUCUCAGGUGGGAAUGAACACAGCAGUCUGUGAGGUAAAGGUGAGCAGAUAUUGCUGGAGCAAAGUCACAUGGGGUAAGUGGGACAGCCUGGAGGAGGGCAAGGACUUGGGUUUUAUCUCUGCCUGAUGGGAAGCAGGGACUGAGAAACAUAGGAUCAUGUUUUUUGGAGCUUAGACGAAACACAGACGAUCUUAUGGCUGCCAUGCGAGAACAGGGAAGGUGUGCACAGAUAUAGUUAUCCAGGGAGAAGUGGAAAGGUAUAUAACAUGAUGGCAAAGAAAAAAUGGGUUUUGAAAUGAUUUGAUGAAACCUGCAGCAGGAAAAGCACAGGAUCGAAUAUGCUGAGGAAGGGGCAGAGGUGAGUCAGAGAUGACUUAGGUUUUUGCUUUGCAGUGUUGAAGAGAUCUUGAUGUUGACAUGGUCCGUAGAAGUGAGACUUGAAAAUCACAGAAAUGAGGUGCAUAGCGGUGUCUUCAUCACAUGGAGUGUGAGCUGAUGACAAGAACAUCAAUCUGAAUCAUCGUAGAGUAGCCAGACUCAGGGGUAGAAGAGGAAGGUGUGUGUAUCUACCGAGAGAGUCACUGGGUCCUCCGUCAUGCACGGCCAAAGAGAGAACCUGACAGUGAUUGGGGAGGACAGGCAGAGGAACAGUUGACCUCUUCCAUCUGAAGCUUGGGUUUGUAAUACGCGCUAUUUUGCUAUUCCUCCACUUUUUUGAUGUUACCUUUUACUUUUUUUCUAAAGAGAUAAAAACAAUAAUGAUGUUUCCCAUUUUUAUUUUUUGAAAAAAGUAAAAUAAUGACUUCUCUGCCUAGCCAUUGCAGUGCUAGAUUAGCGUAAGAAAGCAAUGUUCACAUUAAUGCAGCGAUUACAGUUACUUUUUAUAUUCAUACAUGAGAGUCAUAACUUCUUCAUUGAAGAAAAAAGGAUGUAGUAAAUAUUUUCUGUUUCUACUACUAUCACCACCUCUUCAUGCCGUUCAAUACCGAAAGUUAUUUCGGGGUUAAGAUACUCAGGAAUGGGGCCAGGGGGAGAUAGGCCUCUAACUUCCAUUGGAGCAUGUAGUGGGCUGUAGUUUAAUAUGAUUCUGACACAUUUAACUGAAUUCUUGCCCCUUUCCCCAGCUUCCAGAGCCCAGCCAUUAUAUUUUUCCUUUAAGAGAUUUUUACGUAAAAAAAUUAUUCAAGAUUUGCCAACUCCUUUGAAAAUUCUCAAAGGGCAAACAAAUGAAAUGCUAAAGGAUUUAGAUGAGGCAUCUUUAUUUAAUUUAUAAAAUUUUCUUUUCACUUUAGAUAUGUUACAUAAAUAGUAAAUGGAUGUACGGUCAGCCCUCCCUGUGCUUGGGUUUUGCAUCCUAUGAAUACUGUAUUUUCAAUCCAUGUUUAUUUGAAAAAAAUCUGCUUGUGAGUGGACCCGCAUGGUUCAAACCUGUGUUGUUCAAGGACCAACUGCGUAUGUGUUUUUCUCACGUAAGUGGUAGUACAUCAUCUGAUUUCUCUUUUUAAGAAUAAAUGCCCAUUCUCUCUGUGUUCACAUGUAUAUAUAUAUUGUGUGUGUGUGUGUGCGUGUAUGUAUAUAUAUAUAUAUAUAUAACCAAAAAGUAUCUGAUACAGGUCUCAAUCAAUUUAGGAGUUUAUUUUGCCAAGGUUAAAGACAUACCCAGAAUGACUCUCGGCUUUCGGCUCGGAGGAGGCCAAGGUGCAACUUUCUUCGGUAGUCCCGAAUCCGGGUUCAUCCGACACCAGCCGCCUCCACCAUGCCGCCGAAGUUCGACCCCAACGAGAUCAAAGUCGUAUACCUGAGGUGCACCGGAGGUGGAGUCGGUGCCACUUCUGCCCUGGCCCCCAAGAUCGGCCCCCUGGGUCUGUCUCCAAAAAAGGUUGGUGAUGACAUUGCCAAGGCAACGGGUGACUGGAAGGGCCUGAGGAUUACAGUGAAACCGACCAUUCAGAACAGACAGGCCCAGAUUGAGGUGGUGCCUUCUGUCUCUGCCCUGAUCAUCAAAGCCCUCAAGGAACCACCAAGAGACAGAAAGAAACAGAAAAACAUUAAACACAGUGGGAAUAUCACUUUUGAUGAGAUCGUCAACAUUGCUCGACAGAUGCGGCACCGAUCCUUAGCCAGAGAACUCUCUGGAACCAUUAAAGAGAUCCUGGGGACUGCCCAGUCUGUGGGCUGUAAUGUUGAUGGCCGCCACCCAGAUGACAUCAGUAGUGGUGCUGUGGAAUGCCCAGCCAGUUAAGCACAAAGGAAAAUAUUUCAAUAAAGGAUCAUUUGACAACUGGUUAAAAAAAAAAAAAA